AUGGCUCCGGCAAGGACGGUACAAGUCUCUGUGCCCUCCACCACCCCUCCAAAUUCCGCCUUUGUACAACCACUCCCUCAAGAUGAAAACACCGGUAUCUUAACUUCUUCAUCUUAUGAACCCGAAGAAGUAACUCAAACCCAUCUUGCUGAAGUAAGGCAGGGUAUGGAAAUCUUGCGUGAGGAAAUGCAAGAAGCUGCAGUCUCAGCCACGUCCCAGCAACGUGCCUUUGAAAAUCGCAUCACAGCUCACCUCGCAGCCAUGCAAAACACCAUGGUGCAAUGCCUAGUGCACCGCCAGCCCCCACCACAUUCAACACCACCCGGUUCCUCAUCUUUCCCAGAAAUCACCUUCGGCAGCCUCUCUGACGCAGUCACACCACCCGUUGAAGCCACCAUCACAUCCUUCCCUCCACUUCCCCUGCCUACCUCUACUACCCAUGUAACCCCACCACUCAACCUUAUACCCGUCCCUGACCUCAACCACCUCUUCGCACAACAACAACAACAACCCAAUCCUACAAACCAACUGCCCCACCAACCUAUUGCUGCGAAUGGCCACCCCUUCUACCGGCCUCCAAAGAUCGACCUUCCCCGAUUCAUGGGUGAUGAUGCAAUAGGUUGGUUCGCCAUGGCUGAGCGAUACAUCCGUGGCCAACAAAUUCCGGCCGGUGAGCGCAUCGCUAUCCUCGCUUCCUACUUCGGACCAACUCCAUCUCUAUGGAUGAAUUUCUUUGAGCAAAGGAACCCAAACGCCACCUGGGAACAAUUUGUAGCAGCCUUUCUGGAGCAUUUCGGAGGAAGCACUGGUUCCGAUUACAAGGCAGCCCUCUCCCAUUUACAGCAGAAAACCACGGUGGAUGCCUUUAUCUCGGAAUUCACACUGUUAGCGUGCCGGGUACCGGAGUGGUCAGAUGCCGACUUGGUUCCCAUGUUCAUCGGCGGAUUGAAAUCUGAAAUCCAACAAGACGUUGCUGUGAUGGAACCACGUUCCCUGGCAGUGGCUCAGCGCAUAGCCCGACGCUAUGAGAUGAAGCUACAAGACAAUCGCCCUUCCUGUUCAGUUCAUCCGUUUCCUUGGCAUUCCUCCAACAGACAACACAAUCCUCCAUCAGCCACGUUCCUACCCCAGAACCAACUCACCAAUCCAAACAGCCAUUCCCUGUCCCCAUCCAUCUCCACUCCCCACAAACCUUCCACUGACCAAUCUAGCAAAUGGUGGCCUUCUAGUGCACAAAGAGAGCGCCGAAACCAAGGCCUCUGCUUCCAUUGUGAUGAGAAGUGGUCCAAAUCCCACGUGUGCAAAAAUCCGGUCAUGGCAAUUCUUGACUCCCUAACACCAUGUGGCCAACCCGAAGUUGAAGAGGCAAGUGACGAGGCUAACGACAUACCUUUGGAUCAGGACCACCACUUACCCUUGCAUGCUAUCACCAAUACCAACGUCAGCGAGAUGCUACGUUUCACGGGCACAGUGAAUGGCCACCCCAUCAACAUCUUUGUCGAUUGCGGUUCGGCAAUGAAUUUUCUGAACCCGGAGAUUGCGACCAAGAUCGGCUGUACCAUAGCUCCUCCAGGUGAUCACCGAUUCAAAACGGCGACGGGCCAACCGGUUCGGGACUCUGGUACUGCGCAAGACGUCACCGUCACCAUUCAAGGGUAUGAAUUUGUUGAUUCCUUUUUGUUGAUGGCUGUCACCGAUUGUGACUUGUUACUGGGAGCACAAUGGCUCGACACUCUCGGCUUCAUAGGGCUGCAUUUCGCUGAAAAAGUAAUGGCCUUCACAGCCAAUGGCCGCUGCCAUGUUUUGCACGGCAUCAAAGGCAGGACACACGAGCUAGAUGAACAGGCACUCUAUGCCAUGUUAUCUCAGGAGCAAUUGGAUGAUCUCCACUCAUUUCCCAAGCCCAAACUCACACCACUCCAAGCCCAUCACCCAAAGGUCCAACAAGUACUUGAGUCAUUCCAAGAUUUAUUCACUCCACCCACAAACCUCCCACCGAAACGUCCCAUAGAUCACUGCAUUCCACUUCAACCAAACACCGGUCCCAUUAAUGUGCGACCUUACCCAUAUGGCCAUUCCCAAAAGAAUGAGUUGGAGGCUCAAGUCCGUGAGAUGCUAUCCCAAGGCAUAAUUCGUCCAAGUCGAAGCCCAUUCUCAUCUCCUGUACUCCUUGUGCGUAAGAAAGACAAGACUUGGCGCUUUUGCGUAGACUAUCGCGCCUGGAAUGCUGCCACCAUCAAAGAUCGGUUCCCAAUUCCGGUCGUUGAUGAACUUUUAGAUGAGCUUCAUGGUGCCACUAUCUUCACCAAACUUGAUCUCCGAGCCGGCUACCACCAAGUUCGUAUGAACGAAGAUGACAUCUACAAAACCGCCUUCCGUACUCACGAAGGCCAUUAUGAGUUCUUGGUAAUGCCUUUCGGUCUCUCUAAUGCACCCUCCACUUUCCAAGCUUUGAUGAAUGAGUUGUUUAAACCAUUAUUGCGCAAAGGUGUCCUUGUUUUCUUUGAUGACAUCUUAAUUUAUAGCAAAGAUUUAGAAUCUCAUGUUCGACACCUUGAGGAGGUCUUCCACAUCCUUCGGCAGAAUCUACUGAAGCUCAAGGAAUCAAAGUGUGUCUUCGCUCAACCACAAGUGCAAUAUUUGGGCCAUGUCAUAUCAGGCAAGGGAGUGGCAGCAGACCCAGAGAAAAUCAAUUCCUUGGUACACUGGCCCAAGCCCACUUCAGUCAAAGCCCUACGCGGCUUCCUCGGUCUCGCCGGCUAUUACAGGCGAUUGGUGCGCCAUUUCGGGACUAUAGCCAAGCCCUUAACUGACCUCCUCAAGCGCAACCAGUUUCUCUGGUCGCCAAGGGCAGAAGAGGCCUUCAAUCAGCUCAAGUCAGCAGUGACAACAGCGCCGGUGUUAGCUUUGCCCGAUUUCUCCAAACCGUUUGUGGUGGAAACAGACACCUGCGGUUCCGGCAUCGGCGCCGUCCUCUCACAGGAGAAACGACCGGUGGCUUACCUCAGCAAGGCCCUCUCUCCUUCUCACCAGACGCUAUCCACAUAUGACAAAGAGAUGAUGGCUAUCCUCUUUGCAGUUGGCAAGUGGCGGCACUACCUGUUGGGAAAUCGGUUCACCAUCCUUACCGAUCACCAAACCUUGCGCCAUCUUCUCACGCAAAGGAUCUCGACCCCCUCUCAACACCGAUGGCUUUCGAAACUGUUGGGAUAUGAUUAUGAGAUUGUGUAUCAAGCAGGCUCCCAGAACACGGUUCCGGAUGCGUUGUCACGUCAGUUUGAGGUAUGCGCAAUACACUCCAUAUCUGCCCCAGUGUUUGAUUUCAUUGGUCAAAUUGAUAACGCUUGUCUCCGAGAUCCCGAAGCUCAGGCUGUGGUUCAAGCCUUGAAGGCAGGGCAGCCAACCAAAUCCGGGUUCACUUUGUGUCUUAACAGGCUGCAUUAUAAGGGGCGGCCAUUUGUCCCAAGCUCCUUCGAGUGGCGAGCCAAGCUGCUAUAUGAGUUCCAUUCCUCCCUACAGGCCGGUCACUCAGGGUACUUGCGUACUUACGAACGCAUUCGGCGCAAUUUUGCUUGGCCAGGGAUGCGUAGAACCAUCAAACAUUACAUUGCCGCUUGUGAUCAAUGUCAGCGGUAGUCCUAUGAGACAAUCCGGCCACCCGGACUACUUCAACCACUGCUGGUCCCAGAUGAAGUUUUUACCGACAUAUCCAUGGACUUCAUUAACGGUUUACCGCAAUCACAAGGUCACAACGCGAUCAUGGUCGUGGUUGAUCGCCUCUCCAAAUAUGCUCACUUCAUUCCGGUCUCCCAUCCCUACUCAGCCUCCGGCAUUGCUUCAAUUUUCACUAAGGAGAUUUUCAGGCUCCAUGGCACACCUAAGAGGAUUGUUAGUGAUCGAGACCCCAUCUUCAUCAGUCAUUUCUGGCGCACCUUCCAUCGACUACAAGGAACACAGCUAUGCCACAGCUCCGCUUAUCAUCCCCAAUCCGAUGGCUAAACCGAGGUCGUCAAUCGAUCCUUGGAGCACUACUUGCGCUGCUAUGUAGCCGACAGGCCUUCUUCAUGGGCUGAACUACUCCAUUGGGCGGAAUGGUGGUAUAACACCACAUUUCACUCCUCCAUCCGUAUGACACCGUUUGAAGCACUCUAUGGCAAGCCUCCCCCGUCGAUCACAAGGUAUCUACCGGGUUCUACUGCUGUCCAUAACACGGAUGUGGCACUUCGCAGCCGUGAUCAACUGCUAUCCCAACUCAAACACAACUUGGAAUUGGUCCGCAACCGAAUGAAGCAGCAAGCUGAUAAGCAACGGACUGAGAGAGAAUUUCAGGUCAAUGAUUGGAUGUUUCUCAAGCUGCACCCCUACCGACAACAAUCUGUUGUCAAGCGUCCUGCCCAUAAGCUAGCACCACGCUUUUACG